GACAUGUAGUGCAAACUUCCGUGGUGCAUGCUUCCCUGGGGCUGCGUUUCUUCCGCUCUGGGACACUGUUACAGAAAGAUGUUUCACCCAGAAAGGCUGAACACCCCGGGACGCGACGGGUGAACCAGAAAUUCCAGCCUCCUGUUGCUGCUGUCCGGCCUUGGAUGAUCCCUACCCUCUGAACUGUCGGGAGCAGCCCUGUCUGGUCCGUGGCGGGCGUGGGGGAAGGACUCGCAGGUUUGUCAGCGACUCUGUCUUCCGCAGCCUUCGUGGUUCUGUCCGGGACGCACCGUUUAGUUUUGCAGUCGCGGUUUCCUUGCGGGUUUGGGUUCUCCGCGGCGCAGACCGGGGCAAGUCUAGCCCAUUGCUAUCUGGGCAGGUGCAGGCCACGUUGGCCCAGGGACAGCUCGCCUGCCGGCCAGGUGCACGGGAUACUUGUUCGUUGUGAACUGUGUGGGGCUGUGCUCCGCUCACGCCUGUUCACCGCACUUCCUACUGGGUCACACUUCCAAGGCCUCUCCUAUUGUUAAAUAGUUUACUCAAGGUCACCUUUUUGUAAUCUUCGUAGAUUGGCAAUACAGGCAAAUACCUUUAAAAAAAAUCAAACAAACCAGUUUUCAUUGUUUUUUUCUGCCACUUUUGUGGUCAGAAUCGAAAAGAAACGUUUAAAAAUUGGGUGCAGGAAGAAACCCCUUUUUCCUGGAUGUUUCAUUUUGGAUCAAAUCUUGGUUCAGACCAAGAACAAAGUCUGUAGUCCAAACAAAAAAGAAAAAUCCUCAUUACUUGAAUUUUGUAUUUGGGGGAGUAAUUUGAUAUUAAUGAGGUAAGAGUAGCCAAGUUGUUUUACAGAUUCUAUUGGAAUGGAUUUAGAUCAGGAUGUACAUGAAACACGUGAGUGAAAACCAGUUUUUAUGCCAUCACAUAAUUCCUGACUUCUAGCUGCCAAUGACUUCUCUUAUCAAAGAAAAAUUGUGCUAACAAAGGAAAAGAAACCUGUAUUUUGGAGACCCAUCCGUUAUAAAUAUGUUCCGUCUAAGAGGCAUCUCUCUCCUCUCUUGGAGAGCUUUUCAGUUACGCCAUUUCAGUUGUGAGCCAUUAGUUAUUCAAAUGCAGAACUGUACAGAUGAAGAACAAAUAUUUGGUCUUAUUGAAAGAAAUACAGCCACGCUUUCAGAACAUCAGGUGGGCUGUGCAUUUGAUGUACUCUGGCAGUUUCAGAAGCAGAAGACCAACUUGGGAAGAAAUGUUGAGUGUGUCAGAAACCAUCCCCAGUUUCUUACUCUUUGCAAUGUAACAGCAAAUCACCUGGAAACAAUGAGUGAUCACACCCUUGUGAAUGUGCUAUACAUCAUAAGACAGUUUGCGGUUGAAUCCCAUCACCCACUAGUGGAAGCACUGGUUACAGAAGCAUGGAAAAGAUUGGAAAGGUUUGAUACUAAUGUGCUGUCAAUAUUUUCCACCUGCCUGGCUGAUCAGCAUCUAUAUUUUAGUCCAUUAAUGGGAAAAAUAGCUGAUAUUGUAAAUAGGAACUUGGAAACCAUACAGGAUAUGAGGGCCCUGUCUGUCUUGAUGGUCAGCAUUUCUUCUUUAAUAUCACGCUGUUUCCAAGAGCGACUUGUGAACAAAGCAGAACUUCUCUUUGACACUGUGGAUUCUUCCAAGGUCAACACUGCAAGAAGGAUAUUACUGUUCCUUCGCAAUAUCAAGUGUAGUUAUUACCCACUACUAGAGAGGUGUAAUAAAGUGCUCACAAGCAGUGUGAGCCAUCUUGACUUGGAGUCCAUCAGUAAAAUCCUUAGUCUGUAUCAGUCCCUGCAGUUCCAUAGUUUUGAAUUUAUUGAAGUGUCUCGAAGGAGGCUAAUGGAGAUGAUCCCUGGGUCAUCUGGUUAUCCCGAAAGCUUUGUCAGAUUGUUUGCCACGUUGGGACCAGUGGCAGGACCUGAAAUAAAAAAACAGCUUGAAUCAACUAUACUACUGAUGUCAGAGGAGCUGACUAGCCAGCAAGUACUGACAGUGUUGGGAGCAAUGGAAGAUAUGGAAAGCAGAAAUGCACACUUGAUUAAAAAAACUGCUUCAGUUCUGUAUAAAUAUUUGGAUAACUAUAAAUCGAUAGAGCUACUGAAGGUAACACAAGCUCUGAGUUGUCUCCAUUUCCAAAAUAAAGAGUUUUUUGUGAAACUCAGAGAAUUAAUUCUCAGUCGUUUGGAAGCUAGCAUCACACCAAGUGAGAUUUGUAUUCUGGUCUCUGCUCUUUCUAUGCUUCCUUUUCCUCACUUCAAUGAAACAGCUAUAUCCCGGAUUGAAGCAGUUUUACCACAGUGUGACUCCAAGGAACUGAGUGAUUUUGUAUCAUCUCUCAUGAGGUGGAUUCAGAAUGAUCACAAAUGCUUGGCUAACACUACUAGGAAGCAACUGAAUCUUCUUCAAAAAUUAGACCAUUGGGGCCAUCAUCGAUUACAACAAAGCAACAGCUUGGAUCUACUGUGGGAGGAGCUUAAAUCUUUGAAAGGAGAAUGGCUUCAUGAAUCAUUUGUUGAAGAAUCAGUUGCUGCUUUACAGCGCUUUGCGGAUGAAAUCGAUUGCACCAAUGUUGCCAAGAUCGCAUCUUUUCUUUCGAAAACUAACUACCUCAGCACUCUGCUGCUUGAUAGGAUAGCUUCGGUGGUUGUUCAACAGAUUGAAAAGAUCCAUCCCUUUUCAAUCCUUGCUAUUACUCUUCCAUUCAGCGUUUUGAACUAUGAUCCACCUCAAAGGGAUGAGUUUUUUGGAGCCUGUGUCCAGUGCCUUAACUCUUACGUAGGUACAUUGGAUCCUAUUACAUUAGUGUUUCUUGGUUUUUCUUUGGCCACACUUGAAUAUUUUCCAGAAGAUCUGCUAAAGAAAAUAUUUAACAUCCAGUUCUUAGCCAGAUUAGAUUCUCAACUUGCAAUUUUACCUUCAACUCUAAGUGCAAGGGUCCAGUUUCGCCUUAUGGAGUUAAAUAGAGCAGUCUGCUUGGAAUGCCCCGAGUUUCAGAUCCCGUGGUUUCAUGAUCGCUUUUGUCGAGGACAUUAUAACAAAGAUAUUGAUGUGAUGAAUGGAGCACAACAGCAGAUCUAUAAAAUGUUAGCAGAAGUCCUUGGAGGACUGAGGUGUGUAAAGGCUUCUGGUCUUUCUACAUAUUACCACACCGUGGAUUUUGAAUGCAUUUUGGAUAAACGAAAAAAACCUCUUCCUUAUAGAAGCCAGAGCAUAACUCCAGGGAAAUCACCAGGAAUAUACUGGGAAUCAGAUACUUCAAGAGUUGAGUCAAGCCUUCCACCAGAAUCUGAGAGGUGUGUUUUAAGGAUUGCUUUAGAGUUUUUGGAUGUAAGAGCCUUUUGUUCAAACAUUCCUCACUUAAAGGGAAAAUCUGCUAUGAAAAAACGACAUUUGGAAAUUUUGGGCUAUCGUGUUAUUCAGGUCCCUUACUUUGAAUGGAAUUCUAUGGCACUGUCAACCAAGGACGCAAGGAUGGACUACCUGAGAGAACAUAUAUUUGGAGCAGGCAAAUCAUGAUUGAGUUUUCAUUUAAAAUGAAUAUGGCAUACCACAUUUGUAUUUCUUUUACUUAAGUGGUCUAACUCAAUAAAGAAAUGCUAAGUGCAAAUA